CUUUGUCAAAAGGAGUCACCUUUCAACAUUCCAGUGCUUCACUGAUUUUCGUUUUUUGGUGGCAAAAAGAAUGGAGAAGAUGAUGGCACUCAGAUCCCUCUGCCGUUCACUCUCUUCCAGAUCUUACCGAACCGCCGCCUUCGCCGCCACCAAUCAGCUUCCACGUCAUCAACAACCUCACCACCACUCCGCCGCCGCUGCUCGAACCCUCUUCAAUUUCGCUUCCCCAAACUCCAAGAACCAAUCUCCAGAUGAACAGAGGUCUUCACUUUCAAUGAGUUUGGGAAGUAGGAGGUAUUUCAGUAAUGAUGUGGGUCAUUUUCCUGAGAUUAAAGACCCAGAGCUGCUCAAGGCUUUCAAGGACUUGAUGGCUGCAACUUGGGAUGAGGUUCCCACGAGUGUGGUCAGCAAAGUGAAGGCAGCAUUGUCUAAGAACACUGAUGAUCAGACUGGCAAGGAGCAUCUCACCAAUGUGUUGCGUGCCGCCGAAGCUGUGGAGGAGCUUGGAGAGAUUGUUAUGUCGUUGAAGAUGGACAUGGAUGACCGUAUUGGUAUCAGCGGAGAGAAUGUGAAGCCAUUGUCGGAUGAGUAUGUGAAUGCUUUGAAGACAAUUUACAGUCGCUAUUCUGCCUAUUUGGAUGCAUUUGGGCCUCAUGAGACCUACUUGCGGAAGAAGGUGGAGACUGAGUUGGGAACCAGGCUGAUAUACUUGAAGAUGAGGUGUAGCGGCAUUGGUUCUGAGUGGGGAAAGGUCAGUGUUCUUGGAACUUCUGGACUGUCAGGGUCAUAUGUUGAGCAAAGAGCAAAUAGCUAAAUUUUGGAUGAUUUGCUGAGUUUAAGAUUCCUCUCUUUCCCAAUCAUGUUUGUAAUUGAAAUCAGGUCAAUCGAACUCUCUUAGAAAACCUUAAGGUUUAGGUUUUGAUGGCAGUUAAUAAGAGCAUGCUUGUAUUUUUGAUCUAUGAAUGGAGUAAUGGAUGCUUUUGCUUUUCUGAUA